GCCCAUCUGAGAUACCAUAUAGGCUCCAAACAUCUAACCAAUAAACAAGACAUCAAACGCCCAUUCCCUUACCUCCAAGUCAACCUUACGAGUAUCCAGAGAGAGGGUUCAUCUCAAAGAACACCAUUACAAACACAAUGCCGUCCGCAACACAGGCUCGCACACUCCUCCGCUCCUUCGCACAACAUUUCAACGAAGCCCGCCGGCACCCUUCAUCACCUAACCCUAUGAGCAUGAAGCCAUAUCCAACACAGUACCGGGUCAUGUUUGGCAAGGUGGCGAGGUCGACUGCACUUUUCCUUCCAGGAUACUUCAUCUUACUUGGUUGGCCGCUUUUCCCUCCGAUCCUGUUCAACGGGCAUAUGUACGGUUUGGGACGCGAGCCUUGGACAAAAGUGUAACUGAGGCGAGCUUGCCGGAGAGAAUCCAAGUUAGUCAGCGCCGGGAGAUUUGGAUGGCUUAGCAUGUCAGACUGCUGACAUGCCUCUGUGCUACUGUAUGUACGUAGUGUUUAGGCGUUUUGCAUUUGUUUGGGAUAGGAGAAAACUCAACGAUACCUUCAGGCAAUAUAUUGUCUGAUGUUUGGCUCUGGUAUCUUUCAGCUCUGCGUGAAGUUUCAAAGUGGCCGUGGGAGACUGCCAGUACCAGACGGAGCAAUGCGCUCCUGUAUUCCCAGAAGAAUGUAUCAUAGUCAGGGUUA